AUGGCGACCACGGCGGAGGAGUCCGAGGACGAGGCCCUGGCGCUGGCGAUCGGCAUGGAGCUGGGCGAGCGCGCGCACGCGCGCGGGGGGGCGGACGACGCGGGGACGUCGGCGACGGUGGACGCGGACGGGCGAGCGAACGACGGCGUCCUGCGGGCGAUGGAUCGCCUCGGUGCGCGGAUGCGAACGCGGAGAGACGAAGCGUUGAUCGCGGGCGCGCGGGCGCUCGGACGAGAGGCGAGUGAGAGCGAAGAGGAGGAGGAGGAGGAGGAGUCGGCGGGCGCGCGCGCGCUCGCGACGACGACGGGCGCGGCGGCGCAAGGGUCGCGCGCGCUGCAGAUCUUGAAGACGAAUCCGCAGGUGCGGAACGCGUCGCAGGAGCAUAUGUUUUUGCCCGCGAUUCAUAAGUCGUUAGCGCCGAAGAUUCGAACGGAGAUGAAAACGAGCACGUUUCGACCAAAGCUCCCGACGUGGGCGGAGACGAAGAAGGAACACUUGGCGAUCACGGGCGAUUUAGGGGCGAUCGGGAAGGCUUUAGAGGCGAAUCAGAACUUUCAGCUCGACGUUCGGGCGAUGUUGGAGUCGAUCGACGAUAAGCUUGCGAGAAACGCGACGCUAUUGACGGAGGUGCAGCGCUGUAAGAAUCGCAAGGGUCGUCGCGUGCACUGGUCGCUGCAGGAGUCUAUGUUCGACAUCUGGGGACAGAAGAGCGAGCUUUACUUCCGCGUGCCGUCGGCGUGGACGCCGUCGCAAAAAACGCCAAACGCGCUCCCGUCCGAGGACGUCACGGGAAUCGUGUCUCAGUUGAAUCUGCAGAAGCAAAUCACCCCAAACGCCGACCAGCUUCGUCUCGGUUGGGCGAACUUAGUCGACAAGAUUCCACUCUCUUACGCCUCGCACUGCCGCUCUUGGACACCAAAGGAGGAUGAGCAGCUUCGCAAGGGUGUGCAUUUUCAGCUUCAGCAGGCGAGACUGCUCACGGACCAGCGCAUGAGUCUCGAAGAGCUCGCGGGGAUAUCUUUGCAGUCACUCGAGACGCUUCUCGUCGCGGGCGGUUUGGACGUCAUCGCUCGCGAUGCCGACGCCAUCCAGUGGGAGGAAGUGGUGCGCAUGCAUAUGCCUCAGCGAACCGUCGAUGACUGUCGCUUGCGCUGGAUGAACGUCGUUGACCCGCGCAUUUGCCAAACGGACUGGACAGACGGCGAGGACGAGCGGCUCGUCCAGCUCGCGGAAGAGAUGGCCACGAACCGAGACUGGACGCUCAUCGCACAGGAGCUUCACGCAAGUAAUCGCACCCCUGGUGGACUUGUUCGCUCGCCGCAUCAGUGCGCGGUGCGCUAUCAAGCGGAGUGGAAUCCUGGGCUCGUCAAGAGCACGUGGACUCCCGAGGAGGACGAAACGGUCUUGUGCUGGGUGCGCGAACACGGCACCGGGAACUGGACCAAGCUCGCUAGACUUUUGCCUGGUCACACUGGUCAACAGAUUCUUCAUCGGUGGCGUCGACUUCAACCUACCCGGCGAAUCGGCGCCUGGACGAAGGAAGAGGACGAGGCGUUGCGAGUCGCCGUGAGCGCGUACAGCGGCGGUGAACGCAUCAAGUGGUCGCUGGUGCAAGAGCACGUUCCGACGCGAACGGACGUGCAGUGCCGCGAGCGCUGGACGGGUGUGCUCGAUCCAAGCAUCAAAACUGGAGCAUGGACCAAGGAAGAAGACACGGCACUUAUGAGCGCUCUUGGUUGGGAUUUUGAAGAGAAAGGCUUCAACGAGUGGGCGCGUCUCAGCGAAGUCGUUCCAGGACGCACAGGUAAAAAUUGCAUGCGACGCGGCAAAGCUCUCAUGAAGAAGAAACAAAAGGCCGAUGCAGCCGCCGUCGCGGCCGCAGCUGCGGCCGCAACGGCGGAGGAGAACGGUGAAGCGGCUCCAAAGAAAAGACGUGCGGCGCCCAAACGGUCCGCCGCAGUAGCCGCUGAGGGCACCUCUCCCUCAGCUGAGCCCACGACGAAGCGACGCGUGCGUAGUUAG